AUGCCUGAAGCAACACCACUUACCAUUCGUCCCUCGUCUGUCUAUAUUUCUUCAUCCAUCUACACCUCUUCGCCCACAUCUUUCGUUCGCUCCACUUCCACCCACGAAAUCUCCAAACCUACUUUUUCUCCCACUCCACGUCUUCAGUCCUCUUCCGCCUUAACACGCCCGAGCACCAUCUAUACAUCUGCAAACAUCGAUCAAUCAUUCAAGGCAAUCCGUCGUCAACGAACCCGGAAGUCCAAUAAUAAUCCCUCUCGUCGCGAUGGUGAAGAGUGCUAA